AUAAAAAAAAUAACAAGAUGUCGGAAACAGACAAGUUCCUAGCCCCUUUCCCUCCGCCGCCCAAGAAUGUGAAUGGUUCCAGCUCGGACACGUACCUUGGUGAGAAUUUGGGGACCGACGGUGUCCGCCGACGCCGCCACACCAUGGACCGCGACCCCAAACAGGCCGAACAUCGCUUCUUCCGGCGCAGCGUCAUCUGUGACUCGAACGCCACCGCCUUAGACCUCCCCAGCAAGGCCGUCAUCCUCACCUCCCCGCCCGACUGCGAGCCCCCCAGCCUGGGCUGGCUCUCCCUGGCUGUCCCCUCUGUGGUGGUACCCGAGCCGUGCCUGGCGGUGGCCGAGGUGGAAGCAGAUGAGGAAGGAGGGGAUGGGCCUUGUAGUGCGGUAUUAGGGCCCAGUGUUGGUGGCGGUACUAGAGUGGGUGGUACGGUAGUGCAGAUAAAGCCAUGCACGGCAGUAUUGGAUGUUUGCGGCGGAGAGAAAGGAAAGAAGCUGUCGUCGUUAGCCGCUGCAGAGGCUCCUGGAAUGGAGGAGGUGGCGCCCAGUAAAGCGGGAGAGCCCGCGGAGGAGGAGAGCGGUAGUGUUACAGAGGAGAUGCGAGAGGAGAAGGAGAAGGGGGCGGCUAAGGCCCUGUUAGAGGAGCAGAAGAGGGAAGCAGAGAAAAAGGUUCAGGACGACAUAGAGGAAGUAGAGACCAAGGCCAUAGGGACCUCGCUGGAUGGACGCUUCCUGAAGUUUGACAUUGAGAUCGGACGCGGAUCCUUCAAGACGGUCUACAAGGGCCUGGAUACGGAGACUACAGUGGAGGUGGCGUGGUGCGAACUGCAGGAUCGUAAGCUGUCUAAGACGGAGCGUCAGAGGUUCAAGGAGGAGGCUGAGAUGCUGAAGGGUCUGCAGCACCAUAACAUUGUACGCUUCUACGACUCCUGGGAGUCUCCCUCCAAAGGAAAGAACUCCAAGUGCAUCGUGCUGGUCACAGAGCUAAUGACAUCAGGCACCCUCAAAACGUAUCUGAAGCGGUUCAAGGUGAUGAAGAUCAAGGUUCUACGUAGCUGGUGUCGUCAGAUCCUAAAGGGGCUCCACUUCCUCCACACCCGGGCCCCUCCCAUCAUUCACAGGGACCUGAAGUGUGACAACAUCUUCAUCACCGGCCCCACUGGCUCCGUCAAGAUAGGAGACCUGGGAUUGGCUACGCUCAAACGGGCGUCCUUCGCCAAGAGUGUCAUAGGUACCCCAGAGUUCAUGGCCCCUGAGAUGUAUGAGGAGAAGUACGACGAGUCAGUGGAUGUGUAUGCCUUUGGGAUGUGCAUGCUGGAGAUGGCCACCUCAGAGUACCCCUACUCCGAGUGCCAGAACGCUGCACAGAUCUACCGCCGAGUCACCAGCGGAGUCAAGCCGGCCAGCUUUGACAAGGUAGCCAUACCAGAAGUGAAGGAAAUUAUCGAGGGAUGCAUCCGCCAGAACAAAGAUGAGAGAUAUGUCAUUAAGAUCCUGCUGAGCCAUGCGUUCUUCCAGGAGGAGACUGGUGUGCGUGUGGAGCUAGCCGAGGAGGACGAUGGGGAGAUGAUCGCUAUCAAGCUGUGGCUGAGGAUAGAAGACGUCAAGAAGCUGAAGGGAAAGUACAAGGACAACGAAGCCAUCGAGUUCUCCUUCGACCUCAACAAGGACUUCCCCGAAGAUGUGGCACAGGAAAUGGUCGAGUCUGGCUAUGUGUGCGAGGGAGACCAUAAGACGAUGGCCAAGGCCAUCAAAGACCGAGUUUCUCUGAUCCAAAAGAAGAGAGAACAGAGGCAGCUGGUCAGAGAGGAGUUGGAGAAGAGGAAUCAGAAGCAGCAGUAUACCCUACAGGCAGCAGAGGCCCUCAGAUCCCCCCAGCAGAGUCAGUUACACCCCCAGCCCCCUAUAGCCCAGACUGAGAAGGAGGACCCAGAGAUGGACCAGCAGCAGUACCAACAGGCCAACAUCUCCAUGACAUCUGACGGAGCGGUGGACAACGGCCAGGGUUCGUCCGUGUUCUCUGAGUCCCAUCUGGGCCAGCUGACCAUGUCCUAUAGCAACAUCCCUGCCACCCAGCAGCAGCAGGGCCAAACCCAGGCCCCCUCCCCCUCCCCUUCCCCCCAGUUGCAGCAACAACAGCAGCAGCUCAAUGCCUACCAACAGCAGAACAUGCCGCAGUCUGUGACUCACCAGUACGGCAGUGGAGGAGGAGUCUGGGCCUCAGCAGGCCUUCCGGACCCCACCCCGCCUCUCUUUCUCCCCUCCAUUCUGGAGCGCCCCAUCUCCUUCUCACCGCCACCUGCCUGCCCUCCCUCCAAGGCCUACAACGCCCAACGCCGCAAGAGCACGUCCAUCUUGGAGGCCCAUACGCGCCACUUCCAGCCUGCCUACCCCCGCUACGCCAGCAGCCUGCACCCCUACCACCCGGGGAUGGAGGGGCUGGGCGUGGGUGGAGGAGGAGGAGUGGAUGGGCACCUGGGAGUGGAUCCCUCGUCCCUCUUCAUGGUGCCUGGCUACGGUGCUCCGAGGCUGGGGUCGGUUGGAGAGCCCAUGCACCAGCACCUCCAAGGUCAGUCCCUCCAGGACCCUCUGUACGGUUACAAGGACGUGAGGGCGGAGCAGCAGGAGGAGGUGGUGGAGGCUGUGCGGAGGCUGAGUCUGAACCAGGCAGCGUUGCUGGAUCACUUCGAGGCCAUGGCCUAUGGGGGCUACCCCAUGACUGCUCACCAGAUCAACCAGAUCAGCUUCCACCAGCAGAUGCAGGCUGCGGCAGCCGCCAGCCUGGCCGUGUACGACCCUCCACAGCCGGCCUACGCCCAGACCUACCACCCCCACAUGCAGAGUCACAUGCGCCUCACCCACAGCCCCAUCCCUCAGCUGCCACCCAUGAGCACCUUGGGCCCGCAGGCCUCGGGUACUACCGAUGGGUACCAGCUGCAGCACUCCGCCUCCUUCCCCCAGUCCGCUCCCCCAGUCAUGGAGCCCCCGCAAGGCAGCGUGUUCGAGUUCCACGUCCAAAACAUGGCUACUGCAGCGGCCGCCGCUGGGGCCGACUCUGGCGUGCUGGCCUCUAGACUGUACCGGGCUCGCCGCGGCUCCAUGGACCUCAACCUGGAGGAACAGGGGGGACCAGGAGGACAGUCAGGGGGGUCUGGGACCUACAGCCGCCUGCAGCCAGUCACUGAGGAACUGUACAGCUACAUCAGCCCUGAGAUGCCUCUCCCUCCCGGGAGCCUGCUACUGCACCAGGGCCAGAAGGACUGCAGCCCGGAACCUUCCAGUGACUCCAUGGCCUCCUCUGACUGUGGAGAGUUCCACUCUCCUCCUCCCCAGUCUGGGGCCUCCUCGGCCGCCCAGUCCAUCCCACACACCUUCUACGGGGCGGAGGCCGGGGGGAGGGACGCCACUGCAGAGGGCCAGGGAGUGGGCCACCCCCCCAGCCAGCAGACCUUUCUGUUUGUGCCUCCCUCCGAGUCCCCAGGGCGUCAGUCCUCUCACGUCAACAUACUACACACCACCUGGGCCCGACAGACGAACGUCCAACCCGACCUCUCGUAUCACGAGUUUCCUCUGGCCAUGCAGGGAAACCCUGGGCUGCAGGUGCAGCAGAUCCCAACCUCCCAGCCCAACACUGGACACCCACCUGCCCCCAACUCCCAGCCAGUCCCCAUCGCCCACCAACAAACCCCCCUGCAGGCCUCUCUCCCCCCCACCUCCCAGCCCAUGGUCUCUCAGCCCCAGCAGCAGCAGGCAGGCAGCACCGUGGUACAGAGCCCCUCUCAGAACCAGCUACCCCCUGGACCACAGCCCACACAGCCUUGCAGUAUGGCUCCACCUCCCUCCUCAGUGGGACUUGUCUCUGUGGCACAGAUGGCCUUCAAUCAGCCCUCGGUCCCGGUUACUGCAGCUGCAGCCCAAGGGGCGGCGUCACCCCCUGGGGAAGCCCUGGUGUCCCCACAGAGCCCUAUAGCAGCUGCAGCCGUACCUCUGCCUCCUGGGGCUCAUCCUCUACCUGGUUCUGUAUCUGCACCCACUCUGGUGACUCAUCCACCGCCGGUGCCACCGGCCUCCCCUAUGCCGCCCCAAAUGAUGCCUACUCAGCCGCUGGUCGUUGUGGUGCCCGUCAUCAGCGUAGCCAGCACUUCCCCAGAGCCGCCAGGAGAUGCCCAGCCCCAGCCCUCCCAGACGGCUCCUCAGCCUUUGUCAUUGGACCAGUCACAGUUACAUCCACCACAAGUGCCCUCGUCCAUGGAGAGCGGUCACUCUGACGUGGCGUCCGGCCUGAGCGAUGGAAAUGAUGGAGGCAGACAGGAGGGGCGCUCCAUCAAGCGACACCAGCGACGCUCUGUACGGAGUCGCUCUCGUACCGACAAGAUUGGCAAAGCAAAGUUGAAUGUACUAAAUAUAUCCAACAUGGGCGACAGGGUAGCUGAGUGCCAGUUGGAAACGCACAACAGAAAGAUGGUGACUUUUAAGUUUGAUCUGGAUGGAGAUAACCCAGAGGAAAUAGCACAGAUUAUGGUCACCAGUCUGUUUAUACUGGAGAGCGAGAGGGAGUCGUUCAUGGAGCAGGUCCGUGAGGUCAUCGAGAUGGCUGACGAGAAGGGUCUGGAGAAAGAUGGAAACACCCAGAUUGUUUCCCAGAUAGUUAGUGACCUCCAGCAGCAACAGAUCCCUGCUAUAUCUGAACCGUUGCCAGGUAUCCCUUCCUGUGCAGCCCAGGUGGUCCACUCUGCAGGCAGGAGGUUUAUAGUCAGCCCCGUGCCUGAGUCCAGACUCAGGGACCAGUUCUUUGCUGAUUCACAGUCCUUUCACGCCGCCCGUGCUGUAGCUGCAGGUCAGGGUCUGUCCCAGUCGGCCUCAGCGGUCAGCCUGCAGCAGGCCUUCUCAGAGAUGAGACAGAACCAGGGCCAGUACGACCCAGGGCCCAGCACCGCUCCUCCCUCCGUCCACAUAGCCUCCCUGCCUGUCCUGGUCCCUGCUGCAGCCACCACCACCACCAUCCCAGUCUUCUCCACUGCUCCUAUAGCCUCUGCUCCUCUCCCCCAUGCUCAGGUUCCAUCUGAGGCCUCUGUGACCUCCCCUCCCCCCCCAGUCUCCAUCUCCCCUCCAGCCUCUACCUCCAUCUCUCCACCUGCGCCCAUCCACCAGGCCACCGCCCCCAUCCCCACCCAGCUCCAGUCUGUUGAUACCCAGCCUCUCCUUUCCCAGGCCCCUCUCACCCUGCCGGUGACCCAACCCGUGGUCUCCUCCGUACCUAGUGUUACAGCCACCUCUGUGUCCCCCCCAGUCCCUGCUGUCCUCCCCAACACAACUACCCUGUCCACCUCAGCCUCCUUCCCCCAGACCUCUGGCUCCAUCCCUGGUGGUCCCACCACCUCCAUACCCACUACAGUCCUUUGUCAUUCUGCCACGGCCCCCCUGGUCAGCAGCUGUAGCAGUGAUAGUGGAGGAAGCUCAGAGCAGCUCCCUGUCCCUUCCACCGCUACCGUAGUCCCCACCACGGCUAUCCAAGGCCCCCUGCUAGCCCCAUCCAUUGCUAACCCCAGUGCAGAGCUCCCUUCUUCCUCCUCGCCUGUAGCCUCUCUAGCCCCAGGGGCCACGGUCCCUACCUUACAGCCCAUCACCUCCACCACCAUCCCCGUGGUCCAGCCCACCCUGGUGCACACCCAGCCCCAGCCUGCUACAAUGCCCAACCAGACCCACGCCCAGUGUGGGGAGUGUGAGGUGGCCCUGGGCAUCGAUGACAUCCACGCCCUGGAUAAGAAGCUUCGCUCCCUCUUCAUGGACCUGGGCGGCGGUGGAACCACCCAGGCCGAUGGCUCUGUCGACCCAGCCGGAGGCACUGGUGUCCCGGGAACCUCUUCCCCAACCGGCCACUCAUCCACCCCCAGCUCCACAGGCACCCCCCUGCCCCCCUCCAGCCUCCCCCUGGCCUCCUCAGGACCAGGGCAUGUCUCUGGGACCCCCCUCACCACCCCGGGACAGGCUGGGACCCCUUCCACCUACACCCAGACUACCCCGGCCAAAGCACCUCUGUCUAGGUUACCGGUGUUGCCUGUGGGCUCAGAUCAGGCUCAGGCUGGCCCCCCUCCUCCCUCAGACCACAUGGCACCCUUCCCAGGACCCUGUCUAACUCAGUCUCAGCAGCCUCUGGAAGACCUGGAUGCCCAGCUGAGGAGGGCCCUGAGCCCAGAGACGGUCUCUGUCAGCUGUGUCACCACACAGUCCUCCCUCACUGGGAUGCCUGCAGGUGGCCAGCCAGUGCCUUUCUCUCUGGAAGGGGAACCAAUCAUUUCGCCUAUUGCUGGAGGAUUCCAAAUGGGACGAUUCCAGGUCUCUGUGGCUGCAGACCAGCGUCCCCACAAAAUCGAGGGAGGGAGCCCCACAAAAUCCUCCUCCACCUCCUCUUCCUCCUCUUCCUCCUCCUCUUCCUCCAGCCCGGAGAACACACUGCACAAUGUCUCCUCCCCUCUCCAUGGAGGUAAGACUGGCGGGGGAGAUGUUGUGGACGGCCUGCCCUCCCUCCCCCACCGGACCGCCUCCCCUCAGCCCACCACCAUUGGCCGCUUCCAGGUCACCACCAACGCACCGGAUGCCAGGGUGGGCCGCUUCUCAGUGAGCCGAGCCCAGGAUGAGGCAGCCGAGGCUGGGUUGGAGCAAACACCCGCUUCCCAGGCUAACGGGCCUAGUAUUGAUCCUGGCUCAGCCACCAUGCUCCUCAGCCCAGAGGACAAACAGAGCUCCCUGCCCAGCCUCAACAACUCCUACAUGAGCUCUGAUAACGACUCUGAGUUUGAGGACGAGGACUUGAAGAGGGAGGUCAACCGGUUACGGGAAAAGCACAUGAAGGAGAUCCAGGCCCUCCACACCAAGCAGAAGGAUGAGAUUGACUCCCUGUUCGCCAGGCUGGGCAAGGUGCCUCCAGCCGUGGUGGUCCCUCCAGCUGUAGCCCUGGCCGGUCGCAGGAGACGACCCACCAAAAGCAAGAGCAGCAAGUCCAGCCGCUGCAGCUCCUCCCAGGGCAGCAAGAGCCCCCUGCAACCAGGCAGCACUUUAUCUGCACAGAGCGCCCCCUCAGUGUACCCACCCUACCAGGCUCUCCUCCUGGCCCCUGGGGGCCUCCCCGACCCCAACCUCCACCCUGCCUCGGGGAGCCGACCCCGGCCCCUCAAGCAUCUCGGCCCCUCCAGUGAAAACCUGUGCUCUGCCUACACCAGCGAAGCUACGCUGUCCGUGCCCAGUCUCUGUGCCCCCACCCAAGGCUGUGUUACGUUCAGCUGUGGGUCGGAGAGAGUGACCAUCAAACCAGGUGGUGGCAGAAGGACCCGUUUUCUGAGUACGCCCUGCUUGGCUCUUUGGAAGAUGGUGAAAAAAGUCUGCCCCUGCAACCAACUCUGUAGGACCAGCAGCACCAACACAGUGACUGGUCCAGGAGGCCAGGGUCCAGGAGACCAGGGUUCAGGGGGUCAGAACCAGGGCCAGCCUUCUCCCAACCCCCCUCAACAGGGCCGGAAGGGCACGUUCACCGACGACCUGCACAAGCUGGUUGACAACUGGGCCCGCGACGCCAUCAGUCUGUCCCAGGGCAAGAGUCGCUCCAAACAGCAACAGCAACCCUCACAGGGACACAGCUACCAGGCGACCCCGUCCACCAACAAGGGCCGUAAGUUCUCCGCCCCGAGUCAGCUGUGCCCCAGCAACGCCUCUUCCACCCCCGCUACCUCUCUGGGAGGCCGCAAGGGCUCCUUGUGUCCCCCUCCCCAGUACGGCGGGGUCGGGGCAUGCUACCCCUCCUCCACUUCACCUUACAGCAGCGCCCAGUGGGUGGGAUCCACGGGGUCCACAGGGCCGGGACAGGGUCAGGCCGGUAUGUUAGCCUCCUCUCAGCCCCUGGUUGCCUCCUCCUCGCAGUACCCCUCCUCUGCCACUGGGGGGCAGGGCUCCCUGCAGGGCUUCCAUCACAUCAGCACUUUGCAGAAAUCCGUCAGCAACCCUGGAGGCCCCAACCUGAGGACCACGUAGUGGCCAUGAGGGGAUGUUAGCCAUGCCGGGCUGAGAGACUGACAGACUGAGGGAGAGAGACAUGAGGAAUGAAGGGUGUCUGUGUUACAAGGGGGAGAGGGGCUUGUGUGUUACAAGCGACAUCAUGGUUGGUGGGACUGUAUUGAAUGUGAAUGAGCUGGCUGUGAAGAAGAGGAGGAGCAGGAGAGAGAAGAGUCAGCUGCUGUGGGAAAUGGUGCACCACUCUGCCCUCUUCUGUUUCCUUGAAGGAUAACAGGAGAGGGACACACUUCCCCUCUCCCCCCUCCACCCCGAGGUCAACUGUGGGCCUUGGGGGUCGAAGAAAGACGCAAAACGGGACAAGGAAUACCAAUGGACACGAGUGCAAUGUUAAGUGGCCAAAGAGGGUUAAUGUGACAAUUACUAUUGUAAAAUGUGUGUGUGUGGUGAUGGGCUUUGUUCCUUCACUGUGACUGGCUUUUACAUGUACUCUAUAGUAGAGACCAGAGCCUUGUACUGAUCUCAGAGAGGAGGGAUGGAGGAUAGUAACAGACCAAGGGGGUGUACUUAUCGUUGGGGAGCUGCAGUACAUAGCUAACCCCUUUCUCCUCUCACCUAUCUGACCCCCCCUCCCUCCCCCCUCCCUGCCUGUUCAGCUCCUCCUGCUGGUAACUGACCUCCAGAACAGAGCUUUAAGUGACUGUACAGUACUAUACAGCUCCUCCUGCUGGUAACUGACCUCCAGAACAGAGCUUUAAGUGACUGUACAGUACUAUACAGCUCCUCCUGCUGGUAACUGACCUCCAGAACAGAGCUUUAAGUGACUGUACAGUACUAUACAGCUCCUCCUGCUGGUAACUGACCUCCAGAACAGAGCUUUAAGUGACCGUACAGUACUAUACAGCUCCUCCUGCUGGUAACUGACCUCCAGAACAGAGCUUUAUGUGACCGUACAGUACUAUACAGCUCCUCCUGUUGGUAACUGACCUCCAGAACAGAGCUUUAAGUGACUGUACAGUACUAUACAGCUCCUCCUGCUGGUAACUGACCUCCAGAACAGAGCUUUAAGUGACUGUACAGUACUAUACAGCUCCUCCUGUUGGUAACUGACCUCCAGAACAGAGCUUUAAGUGACUGUACAGUACUAUACAGCUCCUCCUGCUGGUAACUGACCUCCAGAACAGAGCUUUAAGUGACUGUACAGUACUAUACAGCUCCUCCUGCUGGUAACUGACCUCCAGAACAGAGCUUUAAGUGACUGUACAGUACUAUACAGCUCCAGUAGAAGUCCAUUAUGGUAGAGUUGUGUAGCAUGUUGAGGAGAUGUGAGGAAGGUUAUGGGGUCAAGGAAUGAGUUUGUGAGGCUGAGGUGUGGGACUGGUGCCACGUAUGUAGCUGGUCAGGCAGUGUUGACAUCCGGAACCACAUGUACUGCUAUUCCUAUAUAUCAUUUAGGAUGUUCAUUGGUGUGUGUAAGUGGAGAGUCAGUAGAAAAGGCCUGGGGGUUCAUACCCUGCUCUACCCCUCCUGUUGCCAUGGGAUGCAAUAAGAACACCGUGAUAGAAACCUCCUCCUUAAUAUAAUAAUAACACAUAAAGUGACCUUCAUUAGGAAAACAAUCCAUGACCAGAUUCAGAAUGUCAUUUUUGUAUGAUUUUUUUAAGAAUUUGGGAUUAUGAUGAUUCCAUGUUUGAUUAGUGUUUUAAUUAUUUUCCUCUGUCCCCAUUGAACUGAGGAGACUCUUCUGUAGCAUGAUGAAAGGGUUAACGCUAGGGUUGACCCUCCUAUCCAGGAACUCUCUCUCAGUAUAGGGCCUUUAAAGAAACUACAUCUCCCAGUAUAUAGGGCCUUUAAAGAAACUACAACUCCCCUCUAACCAUGCUAACCAUCUCUUUACAUGAUUGGAGGGGAGUAGUGUGUGUGAGACCCAUCUAUCCCAGUCUUAACUUCAGGCUUAUAGUUACUCCAUUUUAAAAUGUGCUGUAUCUGGGAGGCUGAUGAGAUCCCCAUCCUGAAGCAUAAAGUCUGUACAAGCUGGCUCGUAGUUCCCAUCUACAUAUCCCUAAUGAGAGAGCCCCCCUGAACUAACACAGACAGGACUGAAGUAGAUUCUCUCAGACAGGAGUUGUUGACUGAAGUAGAUUCUCUCAGACUCAACUCAAUAGUCUUCUUUUUCACAGGUGGUUUAGCUCUGAGAGGGAAUGCAGGGUGAACGGAAGGAGGUAUGUCCUGUUGGCUCUCUGUGUCACACAUGAUAUUGUUUUCACGGUUGUGAGGUAGGUUGGUGUUGGUCCUGCAUGGACCCAGAGACGGACAGGUCUCGGUGGGGCAAGGAGAGGACUGGACGUGGGCUGGGCUUGGUGGUAGGCUGCAUGGUGGAUGAAAAGUAAUGCCUUGGAUCUCCAGCAACACAACGCCGUCUGUCCUUGAGGGCUUGUGAAGCUUUCAAACCUAUGAUCUAUUAGUAACAUAAACCCUUUUAUAAUCAUGAUGUUGACAGCGUUAGGGGCCUCGAUCUCUCUCUACUUCUGAGUCUUUUCAAUAGUGUGAUUGAAAACAAAAAUGUACAUUAUUAUUCUAUUUAAAAAAACAAGAAAUGAAAAAAAGACCAGUGUUCUGUAUGGACCUGUAUUUACCCAUCAGUUUCUGAUGUUGAAACACUGUGAUUAUUAUAAAUGUUGUUGGACAACAUGAGUUUAAGAAGAAAAAAGACAGAAAAAUACCAACAAAAAGACAGUUGGAGGAAACGUUAUGGUGGAAUGGUAAUACUUAGGCUGAACAAAAUAACAAAAUAAAAGGCUAGCUAUUUUCCUUA